AUGGCAGAUGACGAUGAUGAUGAAGGAUUUGGUGGCGCUUAUGAAGAUGGUCACUGGAUCUGGGACGAAAGCAGCGAGCAACUGGUGUUUGUCAGUGACUUACCACCAGCUCCUGUAGAAGCUAUUCAGAUACCAACUAAAGCACCAACAGGAACCGUGGAAUUUAGAGAUGAUGUUGAUUUGAUUGAACAGAUACGUUUCAGGCGACGUUAUCAGAGAAAGUUAAAACCAGGACAAGCUGAAAUUAUUACGGUGCAGGACGUGAAAGAUAUUGCAUUAUUCACGGCCCCGGUGAAUAUAAUGAGCCCAGUUCUUAUAAAUAUGCUACAUCUUCCAACAACUGAAAGAUUUAUUAGGGCACUUAUCCUCUACUGCGCGUAUUAUUUACAGAUUGCGGAUGAAAUGACCCGUCGCAUAUUGGAGCUUGAGACGAAAGUGCGCACUCCUGAUUGUGAAAUAUUAGAGAAUGAGUACAGAGAUAAUCUGGCGGAUUUACGUUUACUAGUCGCUAAGGAAUAUAGCACGAUGCUAAUUGGUGGAAGUGAUACAAGAAAGUUUCAUCACAUGGGCCCACAAAAGAAAAGGCGGUCUCUAUCAGAUAAAGAUGCGCGAUUAUUUGAAACCUUAUUGCGCAUGUGUGUUCAAAUUGUCUGGUUAGCUCUGGGUAGAAAGUCAUUCAACCAAAUAGAGUUAGAAAUGAACCGCAUGUUCAAGUCAGAAAUAUUCAACUCCGUUGAGCACACUCUGAAGACUGGCUACAUCUCGAAAAUGGCUAAAGAAGAACGCGAUGUAUUACUUGGCCACUGUGUCCGCCAUGACAAAAAGUUGAACACCCAAUCUCCGCUGAUGAAUGAAGUAUUCUGUCAUAGAUACAUCGACUAUCGUCUGAUGGGUCUGGGAGUUAUUAAGUUUCCACAGAUGACACCACGACUUCAGUACAUGUAUCAGGCAGUUGCAGGCGAUGAAGAAAACCUUGCCAAUAUGGGUGUUGUACUGGGUAUCAUAGGAAUGCCUCGCGCGGCAUUCGACACAAUGUUAAGGCCACUACCCACUGCCGGCGAAACUCAAAAAUCCAAAGCUUCUGUGUCAUCUGCAGUGAUAACUGGUAGUCAGAGCUCAAAAAGCUCUUCGAUGCGCAAGAGCACAACAACCCCCCAUCAAUUAUACCCUGACAUUAUUUUACCAAAACCAGCGUCAAAAGAGACGUAUUUUCCUCAGUCGUUCCCCGACCAGCCAGAACGCAUUCGGCCUUGCAGUGAAACGCAACGGCGACGCUGGCAGACCAGACUCCAAAGACUACUUCAUCCGCAGACAGCUGGUCGUUAA